AGAUCCAUCCUUCUAGUUACAGGAUUUCAAUUCCUGAUCGAACGGAAUUGGAAGGUCUUUCUGUAAUCCUUCCCGUGCUUUCCCUUGGAUCUUUUAUCCAUGGCGAAAGAGUUCAAUGUCCCGCCUGUGGUUUUCCCAUCCGGCGGAAACCCCAGCAUCGGUCCGCAACAGCGCCGAGUCCCUACUGUGCCGUUUCAGCCACCACGCCCCGUAAACCCUAAUCUUCCCUUCAUAGAUAUUGGAUCUGCCGCGCCGUCGACGUCCUUCUCUAUUCCACCCUAUGGCGGAAAUGGUGUUGGGUUUGGUGGUUCGGGCUUCGAGGACGAGCUCCCUUUAUUGGAAGAACUCGGGAUCAACACUCGUCAAAUCUGGAGGAAGACUGUCUCGAUCUUAAACCCCGUUAGAAUAAAUGCCAGUCUUCACGAAGAUGCAGACUUAUCAGGUCCGUUUCUCUUCCUCAUGGCUUUCGGCCUCUUUCAAUUGCUUGCUGGAAAGAUCCAUUUCGGCAUUAUUUUGGGUUGGGUUACGGUUGCCUCUCUUUUCCUAUACGUUGUAUUCAACAUGUUGGCGGGUCGCAAUGGGAAUUUGGAUCUGUAUCGUUGCUUGAGCCUCCUGGGUUACUGUAUGCUGCCAAUAGUGAUCUUCUCGGUAUUCUCCUUGUUUUUGCCGCAAGGAGGAGUGGUCAUUUUUGCGAUGGGAGCAGUUUUUGUGCUAUGGUCGACGAGGGUUUGUACCCGGCUUCUGGUUGAGCUCGCUUCCUGCGGGGAUGAGCAUCGGGGUUUGAUAGCGUAUGCUUGUUGUUUGAUUUACAUGUUGUUUUCGCUUCUUGUGAUAUUCUGAAAGUAAAAGUUGCAAAGUUUCAUUGGGGGAGGUCCAUUUAUUAUGGUUGUAGCUUCCUUCUUGUAGUUCUUAUUGUAAUUCUGUUUUGCAGACUUUGUAAAGCCUACCUGUUUUAGGUCUCAUAAUGAAUGCGAAUUGUUCAUCAGUUAGAUA